AUGCCGAACCUGCCUGGCCUCCACGGUGACUUUCUUCGCCGAUCUCCGCCUCCGCUCCUCUCCUUCAAAACGGCGUCAUUCGAGAUCAACAACUCUCUACCGAAACCACAUUCCCUAACAAUUGCGAGCGCCCCCGUGGAGUCCACUCCGCCCUUCGUUCGCGCCCAGCGGCGACAGUGCGUUCCUGGCCCACCGUCGCUAGCCAUUCUCCGCCCUCCAGCAGUCCGCCUAGCCAACCCGGUCAACCACGUCCCCCGCAUCACCCCAAUUACUUUCCCCCCACAGCAUUCAGACGAAAGUCUUCCACUAGGCUACGGUCACUCACGAGACGCCCAUCCACUCCUGAGCGUCCCCGAGCGACGACGCAGUCGACUCACCCCCUCCCCAAGCAGCCUACUCGUCGAGCGCAGUCAGGGGGAAACGGAAAGUGGUCGCACCAGCAUCGCCCUACCUCCUCGACACAGACGCAGCGGGCAAUAUUCACCCGCUGACAUGGCUGCAGCGUUUGCGGGCAGUGCCGCGCGGGACACGGAGAAUCUGCGGCCUCCCGAGGCCGUUCAUCUAACGCAAGCCGGCACUCGACAGGAUGACCGGCCCCGUCAUGCGGCGUCGCAGACCUCUUUGCGCUCGCAAUCUCAGAUCGCCUCCGUGCCCUCCCACACUGGUCAGCCGCCGGCUGACGUCGCCGAGGAAUUAGCCUGGGGCCCAGCUCAUCCGUGUUUCCCUCAUUUCAACCCGCAUGUGCCUAUUGGGUCACACGAGCAUCUAACGACGCGUGUGAUUCGCAUCCGACGGGACUGGAUGAUUCAAGGUGAUCUGGCACCGACCUUCUCAAAUCUUUAUCCCGAAAUUCUGGAUCCAUUAUUGUCGGAGCAGGAAUUCCGGAAGGUCAUUUCGACUGUCAAUGAUGGGAUUGUCAAGGCGUUCGACCCCUUCAGUUUCAGGAAUUGGCUCGAUGGUGCUUUGGGGUUGUUGACUGGCUGGGUAUGGGACGAUAUCAACGGUCCUGGUACUAAAAGUCAGCUACAGCAUCUCGAGGCCUGGAUAGAGAAGUGGAAUCGAGAAGUUGGCUCCAAGGAUGGGGUUCAUAUCUGGAGCUUAAGGCGGACGGCUUAUAUGUCGCUUGAUAUCCAGAUCCCUGAUCCCAAGGUCGGUCUCGUACCUAGUGAGGCUCCGUCGGCUUCCAAUACUAGACCGAGCACAGGUAUUGGAGCUGGGGCCUGA